AUGGAAAAGAAAAUCACAGGUAUAAGGGCCCACGGCUUCACGUUUCGAGAUAAGAUCAUCUGUGUCACUGAAGCAAAAUACCAGAAGCUCAAGGAAGGCCUUGCACAGAAUGUUGCUCAAAUGGGCGUUGUUCGGGAGAUGUGGGGCACCAAACGUAAGAUUGAAGAUAUCUCAGGAGACGGAAAGGCGGGCGAGCAUGACGGUCAUUUGGAGGGCGAUAUCGAGCCUCCUGUCUAUGGAAUUGUGACAACGGGCAAAGAAUGGAUCUUUUCGUUGUUUUCCGAUGGCAAUCUGUGCAUUUCGGAAACAAUUGCGAAUACGAGCGACGUCCAGCUCAAUCUUGUACUGUCGUUGGUUGCUGGCUUGUUGGAUGCCGGGAAGCGCCAAAAUUAA